AUGAAAAAGCAAAGCAGGACGCCCUUCGACCUUGAGAAAGAACAAUAUGUUGCCUCUCCUCAAACGAAGAAGGCAGACAUGGAAGAUCUUAAGGCUACUGAAAUUAACAAUAUUUUCCUAGAGGCCACAAUCUACAAAAAGGCUGCAGCUGAAUUGGUGGCAACUUUUAUCUUAGUAUUUGCUGGGUGUGGAGCAAUCAUGGUGGACACCAGGGAUAAGUCCUUAAAUUCAGUUGGGGUUUCUGCUGUGUUUGGACUGGUUAUAAUGGCACUAGUCUACACUGUGGGACAUGUCUCUGGUGCUCACAUAAAUCCUGCAGUUAGUAUUGCCUUCGCAUCUGUGGGAAAACUUUCUCUCCAGGAGCUGCCUGUUUAUAUUAUAUCUCAAAUUGUGGGUGCCACAGCAGCUGCAGCUGCACUCAAUGUAAUUAUUACAAAAGUCUCCAUUAAUGCUGCUGUCAAUAUUCCUCCUGGAAAUCCUUGGGCAUCACUGGUGGUGGAAAUCAUUAUCACCUUCAUGCUCUGCUUUGUUAUAUUUGGAACAGCCACAGAUCCUAAAGCAGCGAGUGGAAUGGUAGGGAUCGCUGCGGGUGGUAUAGUUGCUUGUAACGGUUUAUAUGCAGGAGCACUGUCGGGAUGUUCCAUGAACCCAGCAAGAUCCUUGGGGCCUGCACUGAUAGCACUCAAUUUUAAAGGCCUUUGGGUGUAUAUUCUUGGACCUAUUUUUGGUGGCGUUUGUGGAGCUUGGUUUUAUAAGGGCAUUUAUAUGGAAGAAUAG